AUGCCUCACACCAACGGCGGCAGCAAGUCGCAAUCCUCCUUUUUUGGCGCUGCAAAAGACCUUCUGGACCCAUCCAAGGCCCUUGAAGCUCUCAGUGAGUACGAGGAGCGUGAUGGCCUGGAUAUCAAGUCGCUAUUGGACUCCAAGAGCAAUGGUGGCUUGGCCUACAAUGAUUUCUUGGUCCUGCCAGGCUACAUUGGCUUCGCAGCAUCCGAAGUCGCUCUCGAUGCUCCUGUGACGAAGCGGAUUACUUUAAAGACUCCCUUUGUCUCGUCGCCCAUGGAUACCGUCACUGAGCAUGACAUGGCUAUCCACAUGGCCUCUCAAGGAGGUCUUGGUGUCAUUCACCACAAUUGCUCAGCUGAUGACCAAGCUGAGAUGGUGCAAAAGGUAAAGCGCUUCGAAAAUGGCUUUAUCUUGGACCCUGUUGUCCUGCACCGUGACACUACCGUUGGAGAGGUCAAGGCUCUGAAAGAGGAAUGGGGCUUUGGUGGCUUCCCAGUGACUGAGACGGGCAAGCUGGGCUCCAAACUUAUCGGCAUAGUUACUAAUCGGGACAUCCAAUUCGAGGAGAAUUACGAGCUUCCAGUUUCUGCGGUGAUGGUAACUGAUCUCGUCACUGCCGCUGCCGGAACAACAUUGGUGGAGGCCAAUGCAAUUCUCGCCAAAUCCAAGAAAGGGAAACUCCCGAUUGUCGACGCCAGCGGCAACCUCGUCUCCAUGAUCUCUCGAUCCGAUUUGACUAAGAACCUGCAUUUCCCGCUCGCUUCUAAGCUGCCCGACUCGAAGCAACUCAUCUGUGCCGCUGCCAUCGGCACCCGGCCAGAGGACAAGGUUAGACUGCAGAAGCUGGUUGAUGCCGGCCUGGAUAUUGUUGUUUUGGAUAGUAGCCAAGGCAAUUCCAUGUACCAGAUCGAGAUGAUCAAAUACAUCAAGGAGAAAUAUCCCGCGUUGGAUGUCAUUGGAGGAAACGUGGUUACCCGCGAGCAAGCUGCAUCCCUUAUUGCGGCCGGUGUUGAUGGUCUUAGAAUUGGUAUGGGAAGCGGAAGCGCUUGCAUUACACAGGAGGUGAUGGCUGUUGGCCGACCUCAAGCUGCAGCUGUCUACAAUGUCAGCUCGUUCGCUGCUAGGUUUGGCGUUCCUUGCAUGGCAGAUGGCGGCAUCCAGAAUGUAGGACACAUCGUUAAGGGUCUUGCGCUUGGAGCCACCACCAUCAUGAUGGGCGGCCUCCUUGCCGGUACCACCGAGUCUCCUGGCACCUCGUUUGUCAGUCGUGAGGGCAAACUGGUCAAAGCCUACCGUGGCAUGGGCAGCAUUGAUGCAAUGCAAGACAAGAAGGCUGGCUCCGGAGGAAAGGACAGCCAGAAGAGCAAUGCUGGAACGGCCAGGUACUUCUCCGAGGGAGACAGCGUCCUGGUUGCACAAGGGGUUUCUGGCGCCGUGGCCCACCGCGGGUCGGUGACGAAGUUCGUGCCCUACCUUGCGGCGGGCCUGAAGCACUCACUUCAAGACUGCGGGCAGAAGAGUUUGACUGAGCUCCACGAGUCCGUCGCCAAUGGGACUACACGCUUCGAAAUCAGAACGGCCAGUGCACAGCUCGAGGGUGGUGUCAAUAUGGAGAAUUAUGAGAAGAAACUCUAUGCGUAA